AAGGAUUUCUUCCUUUCUCAUACCGCUAAGCCCUCCCUCCCUCCUUUCACUCCGCUCAGCCGCCGUCACUCACUCUGUUCUCUCUCUUUCGGGCUGUCUGUCUGUCUCUUCUCUCUCCCUCUCUAUCUAUCUCUUUGCGUGCGCACAGUUACACUUGCGAAGCAAAAUGAUAAAGCGGCGAUUCUACAAGCUAGAACAUGGCGACAGAGAUGGUCCCUCGAAUUCAUCUUCAUCCUCCUCGGAUUCUGAAAUAGAACCAGAAGCCGUAGAGGACUCAGAUGAUGAUGAUGUAGUUGAAGAACUCGAGGAGGAUGCUCAGGCUUGCUCUACCUCCUCUGGAUAUCAAAGUGAGGGUAGCUCAGCAAAUGAAGUUCCUGGUGACUCGUCAGGUAGGGAUUGUUUGAAAGCAAAUAACUCUUUGUAGAUUGUAUCAGUGAAU